UUUUUGAUUUUUAUUCAUUUUCGCAUCGUUUGUAAAAAAAUACUUUAUUGACUAAAAUCUCCAGUAAUAUAACCAGAAUAAUAAUUCAAGUUGGAAAGAACCAAGUGGAAGACAAGUUAUUGGCUCAAAUUAGAAUUGUUGGUUUUUGAUUAGUUCUACAUUUCCAGUUUGCACAUCCAAUUUUAGGAUUUCAGAAGAACAUUCUGAAAUGGUGUAACAAGUUGGUAGCCGUGUGAAACAUGUAUUCGUCCAAUUCAAGUAGAACUCAAUCGCCAAUCAGUUUUUCAAACUACGGUCCCGGCUCCUUACCAUCACCAGCGACACAUAGACACGGCUGUAUGAGUGCUGCGGCCAAAAGAUACAAGUAUCUCCGAAGGCUCUUCAAAUGCCACCAAAUGGACUUUGAAUUUGCUGCGUGGCAGAUGGUGUACUUGUUCAUUUCACCGCAAAAAGUGUACAGAAACUUUCAAUAUCGAAAACAAACGAAGGCCCAGUUCGCUCGUGAUGAUCCUGCCUUUUUAGUCUUGCUAGGUGUAUUCUUACUCGUGUCGUCAGCUGGAUUCGCACUAGUUUUGAGACUGACAUUCCUUGAAUUUGUCCGUUUGUUUGCGUAUAUUGUAAUCGUGGACUGCAUAAUGGUGGGAAUUGCAAUAGCUUCGCUAGUUUGGUUUCUUUCAAACAAGUACUUAUUGAAACCAGGAGUUCCAGAAGACAGUAAAGUGGAGUGGGGAUACUGCUUCGAUGUCCACUUGAAUGCUUUGUUCCCACUUUUAGUGUUACUUCAUGGCAUAAUGAUAUUGUUGUACCACGCGGUUAUUAGUCACGAAUGGACCAUAUCAAUGGUCUUGGGGAAUACAUUGUGGCUCAUCGCGUUGGGUUACUAUAAUUAUAUAACAUUUUUGGGAUAUUCAUGCCUACAGACCAUGCGAUCGACUCGAAUAUUUUUGUAUCCCCUGAGUUUGUUAGUUGUCGUCUAUCUUGUUACUUUGUUACUCGGGUGGAAUAUCUCCACCUCGCUAAUCAACUUUUACAAAUAUCGGGUAUUAUAAGGAACAGUCAGGAGACGACACGCCGCAUAUAGUUUUAUUUAUUAGUUUACUUUCUAUACCCGUAAUAAUACGAAAUGUUGUUAGCUUUACGUACGAUUAUAUUAAAAUACGUAGAAUAAAGUCAAAUCAUAUUUAUGUAAAAUGUGCAUUAAUCCAUAAGUAUCGUAUUUUCGCCCAAUAAACUUUCUAAGCUGUUGAAACUAA